AUGACCAACUCGCACGGCUACCUGGUCGAGUACCCACGCAUCCGCGUCGACCACUUUGACCAGGGGCCCAUCCCGCUCCCUCGCUCCCUCCUGGCCCACCGCAAGGCCGUCCUCAACCACGACGCCGACGACGACCACUUUGACGCCCACCAGCGCCACUUUCCCAAGCCCCUCGUCUACCUCCUCACCCACAUCCACACCGACCACCUCGCCGGUCUCGACCGCCCCGGCAUCACCGCCCCCAUCUACUGCAGCUUCGCCACAAAGAACCUCCUCCUCCGCUACGAGCGCCAGAGCGACCGCGUCGGCUACGACAACCACCAUGGCCGCCUCGUGCGCCCCUAUGCCCACCUCCAGGUGUCGGAUCGCCAGGCUACGGCAAAGGGCCGCCUCUCGGGCAACAGGGCAUCGGCCCACGACCUCCUCCACCCCCUGCCCUACAACCAGCCAACCGAGGUGGCCUAUACCCCGCGCACCCGCAUCACAAUCACCCUCCUCGAGUCCAACCACAUGUUUGGCGGCACCAUGUUCCUCGUCGAGGGUCCGCGCGGCGCCGUGCUCCACACCGGCGACCUUCGCGCCGAGGGAUGGUGGUGCGAGGCCCUCGUACGCAAUGCAGCCAUCUCGCGCUACAUUGCCUGGAAUCGCAACAUCGACGUGCCAGGCGUCCAGCCGUCAAACCUUGCCGCCCGCAGCGACCAGGCCUGGGCCGAGGCGAUGCAGCAGCAGCAGCAACGUCGCGGCAGCAGCGGCAGCAGCGGCAGAGGCAGCGGUGGCGGCCGCGGCGCAAGCCCCUCGCGGUCCACCACGGCUCCGGCUCGAGGCACCGGGACGUCCAGGGGGCCCGCAGCCGGCGCGAGCACGUCGCAGGACACCGACCCUUGCAGCGACCAAGACACCCAGGACCUCGUCGAUCGCCACCGCGCAGCCGCGCCCUUCCAGUCGCUCCGUCUCGAAAACAUCUACCUCGACACCGAGAUGCUCCUCUCGACCCAGCCCGUGCCCUCAAAGGAGCGCGCGCUGCAGGACAUGGUCACCCUGCUGCGCGCCUUUCCUCCGGACACCGUCUUCUACCUCAACUCGUGGACCUGGGGAUACGAGGGAAUGCUCAAGGCCGUCGCAAAGGCGUUUGGCUGCCGCGUCCACGUCGACCGCUUCAAGGCCGGCAUGUACAGGGCGGCCCGGUGCGAGGACCCCUUCCUGUCCCAGAUCAUCACCCUCGACCCGGACGAGAGCCGCUUCCACGCCUGCGAGCGCAAAAACAUGUGCGACGUGCUCCUGCGCUCGCCCGCUUCCGCUCGCGAGGCCAUCCUGCAGCCCAGCGCCCACGUCGCCGACGACUCGAGCCUCUCGGGACGGAGGGACCUCCCUCCCGAAGAGCGUUGGGGCCCCGCCGAGGAUCGUGGCGACGGGCCCCUGGUCGUGUUUGUCAAUCCGGCUCAGAUCUCCGAGGAGCGGUGGGCCGACACGUUUGAGCAGGCCCGGGGUCGACUCGAGUAUGCGCGCCAGGGUCGCACGUCGUGGCCCAGGGCGGUCCUGGUCCCGCUCGAGCGUCAUUCUCCGCUUCCAGAGCUGCAGCGGUUCGUCGACCUCUUUCGUCCCAGGACGGUCUCGCCCAACACCAUCCUCGACGUGCGGGGCGGGCUCGACUACUACCUGCUCCAUAGCCUUUUUGGCCCCUACAUCGCCAAGGGCGGGGCAGAUCGACUGGCGGCCGAGGGUCUAGCGCUCCUUGGCGAUCGGCAAUGGGCCUUCUUCGAGCGACAGAUCCAGAUGGCGCGCCACAAGGCCAGCAAGGGCGGCCAGGACUCGAUCGAGGGCCACGCCAGUGGCUCCGAUCCGCCAGCAGCCGCGCCGCAUAGCCGUCAGAAUAGCGACGGUACCGCGGCGGCAGUGAAGGCCGCCGAAGUCGAGGCGCUAGUCAAGACGCGCGGCAUCAGCCUCAAGGCCGGCACGAUGCACAACAUGGCGGGCAACGUAGCCGCUCUGUUGGAGAUUGAGCGGUGGCGGAGGCACGAGGGUAUGGCCGAGGGCGUCUCGUUCCCGGCGUCCAUAUCGGCACCCGAAGAGAGCUCGUGGGACCUGUCCGAGUCCGGCAACCAGAGCGGCGCCACGGCGGGUUACGAUGCCGACCAGAGUCAGGCGGCCGAGAUGACGCUGCGCCCGACUUCGCCCCGCUGCAGACCUCGGCAGCCUUCACCUGCAAAGCAGCAAGGCGUGCACCAAGCUUCCGCAUCGGCGGCCACCGAAGGCGAGCGCUCUUCAUCGCCCAAGACCGGCAACGGCGCGGGUGUGGAAGAGGCGACGACGACCGGCCGACCGCCCGAGCCCCCCACGCCGAGCUCGGACGAAGCGCUGGCGUCGAGGUACCUCAACAUCCUCAUCCACCACUUCCGCGUGCACUACAUCCGCCGCGCCGGCAUCACCUACGUCGACAUGUGGCGCGAGGUGAGGAGACGCAGGCCCAACGACGCCGCCAAGGUCGAGCAGCUGUGCCAAGUCGAGCAGGGUAUCCAGCCGCCCGCCUGGACGCUCGACGACGGCGACAAGCGAGACGGCAACGCUGCAUCGUCUGGCAUCCACCACCACCACCAGCAGCAGCAGCAGCAGCGGCGACCUUCACCGAAGGCUGCUGCGGCGGAAGCGACCUCGCCUGGACCGACCACAGGCCAACCCACCUCCAUGGAGCCGGAGGUCGACGACGGCGCUUCCUUGCACGCCCUCGAGACGGUCCUCGAGCUGCUCGAAGCGCCAUCGGACGAGGACCUGCCGGACGAGUUGGGAGACCAGCCCGAGGAUCAUGCGAUCGGCUACCGCAUCUUGCUCGGCCGUUUCCGAGCGGGGCAGAUCUGCCAGCUGCAGCCGGUCGAAGGGACGGACUCGCUGUCACUGCAUCAAGGCUCUGGAUCGAGGCAGCCCUCGACGCGUGGCUGGCAUCCGCUCGCUUCGCGCCUGUUUGCCACGCUGGACCGCGAUCUGCGCCGCGUCCUGACCAUCUUGACAUGCGCCGCGUCUGGCGACGACCUGCACUCGAUCGACGACAAGAUGGCCACCUUCGACCUGGGCGAGCAGGCCAUCAAGGUCGUCGCCCUGGUCCUCGCAUGCCGCCAGGUCUCUCGGGCGUUUACGACCGAGGAGCUGCGCGGCCUCUGCAGCGGCCUGCUCGCCUUGAUCGAGAUCGGCCACGGGCUGGCCGCGUCGCCCGCUCAAACUCGAUCUCCCGGCGACGACGGUCACGAUCCAGACGUCGGCAUGCGAAGGAUCCUGGCACUGUCGACGUUUGCGCUGCAGAACGAGGAGCUGCACCGCGAGGUGCUCGAGCCGCUCGAGCAGAGGCUCGUCGCUGCCGCCGAUGGGCCGAUGCGGCGCAUGGUCCUCUCGAUCCCUCCCGAGACGGGCCGCGUCCUGACGUCGGCAGCGCCACCUGGCAGCGAGAGUUGCGGCGGCGGCGGUGGUGGCAGUAUCGAAAGCGGUGGCGACGGCGGCGGUGGUGGUGGUGGUGAUAGGCGGGAAGAAAGCAGAGCGGCAAGCGACGGUGCAGAUGCAGCUCGGGCCACGGUUGAGCAGCGCUCGGGGUCGGAUCCGCCGAUGCUACGCCCACCCGCCGCACGGACCUCACCACCAGGCCCGACCUCAGCAGCCGCUGCGACCCGUUCUCCCUCAUCGCCCUCGCCCUCCUCUCCCGAACCAUCGCACACCAUUCGCCAGCUGAUCGCCGCGCGCACAUCGCGCCGUACCGGUGCAGGCGGCAACGGCGGCGCAUCCGCCCUGACAGACGGCCCAACGACGCCACCUCGAACGCCGACCCGCCGCCCAACGUCGCCGCCUGCCGAGGAGCAAGAUGCCCACCGGGCGCGGGGGCUCGACGAGUCGCAGGGUACGAAUGUCAGCUCGUCGACUCUACCGGAAGAAUCGACGCAGGAGGAACCCGACGUCCCUACCGGUGCCGGUGCCGGUGCGGGGACGGGGGCGGGAGGGCGGACAGAGGAACUGUUUCCGAGCCUCGAGCACCUUUCUGCGUCGACUCGGGGCCCCAUGCGGGGCACGCGCGGGCCUCUGCCGGCGCACCGACCUCGUCGCUACUGGAUCCGCUCGGUCGUCUGA